AUGAAGAAGGAAAGGGAGGUCUUGAAGCAGAUGGCGAGAGACCAUUUGUCCCAUCGGGAAGCUGUUGCGGCUCUUAGAAAGCGACGCUCCAGACACCGUCGGACUUCGAAGAACGCAGAUGACUCCCUAAGGAGCGCACCACAACCGACAACUCCUACUGCUCUGCCCCCUAGGCCUGGCGGAGUCGAGUCUAAAGUCGUGCCGCACAACACCAAUACUGAAGCUUGGCCCGCGCUGCCAAAGCGAACGCCCCCGCCACAGCUGAAGCAACAGCCGGGGCCACAGCCAGCUGAAGCACAGAUGGCACAGCUGAAGCCACAGAUGAAACCACAGCCGAAGCCACAGCCGGAGCCACGACCGAUGCCGCAGCCGUUGCCACAGCUGUAG